ACACAUUUUGAUAAGUGCUGCCACCAAUGUCGAUUAUGAGAAAUAGCUGCUGUUUCCUUUGACCUUUUUUUUCUUUUCCGCUUGGCUUUUACCCGAAUUCGGCAGAGUUAGAAUCCAUCAUGUCAUCCCAUUUGAACUGGAUGAUUAUACGUAACAACAAUGCUUUUCUGCUUAAGAAACGUAACAUCAAUAAACCUUUCUCAACAGAACCAAACAAUUUGACAAAUCUCAGUAGCUACCGUUACUCUGGGUUGAUCCACCGUAAAAGUGUGGGAGUUGUUGACACCCCAGACAAAAAGGGAUUUUCUGUUGUGUACAAGAAAGCACGAAGUGUUAACAAGCCAGCCAAAGCUACUGUUAGGAGAACAAUGAAAGCUGGAGCACGCAGAUCACUGUACAAAUUGAAAACUCUCUUGAAGAAAAACAAGUACCGUGUUGAUCUCACCAAGGUUGCCCUCCGAAGAGCAAGUGCUGUUUUGCGGUCCCAGAAGCCAUUACCAGCAAAGAAAACCCGAGUUACUAAAAAAGCAGAUUAAUGUAAUACAUACAAUAAAUCUUUUUAUUGAUAAAAUUUACUAAUUUGUCUUUUUCAAUUUCA